CAGGAGGAGCGCAGCAGCCACAACGGUUGGGAGGAAAGGCGAAGGGGAACGGGGGCUAAAUGAAAACACUUUUACCUGCUUUUUUCUGUGGGAUUUCGCUGCCAGUAUUACCGCGGACGCCACCCAGAGCGAUGUUCCGGAGGCAUUUGUGAUCCAUUCUUCAGGUAACCUUUGAGAAGAGGCUCCUUGCCCUGGCACAAGUUAAGGAGACUGUGGGGUCGGAGCUGCUGCUCUCCCUCUGAGACGCCGGCUAGACAGAGCUUGUCCCUCUGGCCAGCAUGACGGACGUGGUGAUCGUGAAGGAAGGAUGGCUCCACAAACGAGGAGAGUACAUUAAGACAUGGAGGCCGAGGUAUUUCCUGCUGAAGAAUGACGGUACUUUUAUUGGGUAUAAGGAGCGGCCACAGGACGUGGACCAGCUGGAGACUCCGCUCAAUAACUUCUCUGUGGCACAGUGUCAGCUGAUGAAGACAGAGCGGCCCAAGCCCAACACAUUUAUCAUACGCUGCCUGCAGUGGACCACUGUCAUUGAGCGCACCUUCCAUGUGGAGACCCCAGAGGAACGGGAGGAGUGGACCAAAGCCAUUCAGGCUGUGGCUGACAGUCUGCAAAAACAAGAGGAGGAGAUGAUGGACUCCUCCCCUGACCCCAUGGACAUGGAGAUGUAUCUGACCAAACCUCGGCACAAAGUGACUAUGCAUGACUUUGAAUACCUCAAACUCCUUGGGAAAGGCACUUUUGGCAAAGUCAUCCUGGUGAAGGAGAAGGCCACAGGGAAAUACUACGCCAUGAAAAUCCUUAAGAAAGAAGUGAUAGUAGCUAAAGAUGAAGUGGCUCACACGCUCACAGAAAACCGCGUGCUCCAGAAUUCUAAGCACCCCUUCUUGACGGGUCUGAAAUACUCAUUUCAAACACAUGACCGUUUAUGCUUCGUCAUGGAAUAUGCCAACGGAGGAGAGCUUUUCUUCCACUUGUCACGGGACCGAGUGUUCUCUGAGGAUCGGGCACGGUUUUAUGGAGCAGAAAUAGUUUCUGCACUGGACUACCUGCACUCAGAGAGGAACGUGGUGUAUCGGGACCUGAAGUUGGAGAAUCUGAUGCUGGAUAAAGAUGGCCACAUAAAGAUCACAGACUUUGGGCUUUGUAAGGAGGGCAUAAAGGACGGAGCCACCAUGAAGACCUUCUGUGGUACUCCGGAGUAUCUGGCUCCUGAGGUACUGGAGGAUAACGAUUACGGUCGUGCUGUAGACUGGUGGGGUCUCGGGGUGGUGAUGUAUGAGAUGAUGUGCGGCCGCCUGCCUUUCUACAACCAGGACCACGAGCGUCUGUUUGAGCUCAUCCUCAUGGAGGAUAUCCGUUUCCCCCGGACACUCGCUCCUGAGGGCAAGUCCUUGCUCUCCGGUCUCCUUAAGAAAGACCCGAAACAGAGGUUAGGAGGUGGGCCUGAUGAUGCAAAAGAAAUCAUGCAGCACAAAUUUUUUGCUGGAAUCGUGUGGCAAGAUGUUUACGAGAAAAAGCUGAUCCCUCCUUUUAAGCCCCAGGUUACCUCAGAAACGGACACAAGGUAUUUUGACGAAGAGUUCACUGCACAGACCAUCACUAUCACACCACCUGGAGAAGAUGAAAACAUGGAGCCGUUUGACAGUGAGAGGAGACCCCACUUUCCAAAGUUUUCCUACUCUGCCAGUGGAACCUGCUAGAUGACCUUUUUUCAUUCCUGCCUCUGCACCACCAAUUCCAGCGCUCCCUGCUGGGCGCUUUGAAUAGCCGUUGCUCUUUUGCACCACUGACCUAUGACAAAUUUCCCCCUACCAAUGACUAAACUUUAACAUCACAAAGGAAAGAUGGAAAAAAAACUGGCAUCUGAUGAGGGCGGCCUUUGGCAGCAUCCUACUGGAGUGCACACACUUUGGGCCUUUUCACCAUUUCGGUUUGUCUUAAAUUCUCCAACAUUUCGGUUUGUCUUAAAUUCUCCAACAUUUCGGUUUGUCUUAAAUUCUCCAACAUUUCGGUUUGUCUUAAAUUCUCCAACAUUUUGGUUUGUCUUAAAUGUCAAAUUUUGUCACAGCACAAACAUUUCUUCAUGGCUAUAACCAAUAAAUUUCACAGUCUUGCGAAAGGAUAAACAAACCUUCCAGCACACUUUUACUUCUGUGGCCUUCCAGUGACUUAUUUUCGAGGAUGUUAGAGGGAACAGUACACCACAUUCUCAAAAAACAAACAAAUGAAUGAAUAAAUAAUUUACUGAAAAAAUAAAAAGCCACUUGACACAGAAGUCAAAGGUUUUAGAGCACUUCCUAAACCUACUUAGGUAUUUACAGCAACUGAACUAAUAUAAUGCCAAAUAAUUGUAACACUUUCAUUGAGACACAAGUCCUUUAGACCAACAAAAGCGUUUAUGCAUUUUAUACAAAGACUCAUUGAAGAAGUCUUUGAAUAAUAUGCAAUCAUAUAGCAUUUCAAUUGAGCAGGACUUUUUAGAGGUAUUGAUUGGAAUUGCUUUGGCCCAAGAGCUUUUAGGCUAAAUUUCCCCUGCAUUUGUAAUCAUUUGUACUGAAUGUGCAAUACUGUAGCAAACCACAAAGAAGUACAUAGAUAGUUUAGUAAUGUAGUUCAGCUGAAACAAGGCCACUUCAGUUUUGUCUGAACUGGAUCUGAAUGGAUUUUUUUAACCCUUUAGUUCUCCAAGUGGUAAGGAGAAAUUCUCAUUUCAGAUUGCUUUAAAAAAGGCAUCCUGCGCUUGAGCAUUGCCAUUUUUGAAAGUGUUUUUCCCUGUAUUAAUCAAGUUGGGUACUCCUCCUCCAUCCUCUCUCUUUUCCUCCUUUUUUUGGACUGGUUUGUUUUCUGUAUUGGGUGCAUUUCUCCCAGUGCACAUUGCACAGCCUCAGUGAGGUACUACAACUAGAACUACUUCAACAACAUCCUUACAGUUCACGGCUUUGAAUCUAAGGGAGCCUUGUGGCAAAACCAGCCUUUGUUAUCUUUUGAACGGACUGUCUUUUUUUCUUUUUUUACCUGGAUUUGUUCAUUAUUUAUAUAUAAACCAGCAGUGACUAGGAGAUUGACUUUGCAGGGGAAAAUGCACUUUCCUGCCUCUUGCAUUUGUACAUUGGCGUUCAGGCAUUUCUUACAUCGUAGGGGAGCUUCACGUAAGAUUCAACAAGUAGUGGUGCUUUAGCUUGAAAAGUCAGCCAUUGUUGUUUACACGCUGGAGUUGUAUAAAGUGUUUGACAUUCACAUUUUGAUUGCCACACCGACUAUAAAUGCAGCCGUAUUUUGCAUGGGUUGAUGAAACAUGGGUAAGAGUUACUUUGCUCAGAUUGCUGAUUUAUAAACAAUGAAAAUGAUCUAUGCACAGUAAAAAAAAGAUAUCUUUGCAUUUUAAACCUAAUCAAUACAUCUUAAUCUUAUUUUUGUACUUGUUUUAAGUCAUUUAUCUAGAGAAAUAGUCUUGUUCAAUUGGCAGAUCAUUUUUAAAAACACAAGCAAAACAAGCAAUGUUAUCUACCAAAGAAUAACAAUUUCGCUAUAAAGAAUUACUUAAAACAAGUAAAAACAUCUAGAAAUAAGUUAUAAUCCUAAUAUUCUCAAAAUACAUAGAACGGUCUCUCAACAGUCUCAAAAUGAUACAUAUUAGACGUAAAGAUGCUUGCCAAGAGAUCAGUGUUUUACAGUGUGGCCACUCAUUGGUUAGUGUGUGAUUGAAAGCGUGAAUCCGAUUUGCAAAGACUGUAAUCAUUAAAGAUCUUGCCUGAUGCUCCUUUACCGUUGAAGGUAACAUGAACCAGCAUUUCUGUAGAUUAAUCUGAUGGAAGGUGUAAAUACCAUGAAACUGUUUUCAAGCAGUUUGAAUACAAUCCAGUACAGCCCUUGUACAGAUAUUGGAACGAGUCUUUGUACAGAUACUAGAAUCUGUUAGGAAAUAAGCGUCAAGAACUUGUUUUGAAAAUGAAAUUUUUUUUUUUUUACUAUCGUCAGUCACAAUUUUUGAAGUGCAUUACUCUGAUCAGUGUUCAAAUCUCACGUAGUAAUCACCAUGCAAAACUUUGUCUCAUGCGUAAAUGAAUGUAAAGGCUUUUCCCUCCUCACUUUUUUACCUUAAUACCUUAAUUUUUGUAUCUUCUUCUCCAGAUUAAAGGAGCAAUAAGUAACCUUACCAUUUUGUCCGCCGACUUACAUGUUAUUGGCUCACUGCUGUUCAUAUUGCCUUACCAUGCCAUUUGAACAUUUGACCCGACCACUGUAGAAAACAGCAUCUCUUUGGCUCACAUGCCUUUAACUCUGUCACUUUGUAACAUUCCACACUUACCAUAUAGCCUAUAUAUCAUUUUCUUCUUGAAAGCAUCUACUUAUUGCUUCUUUAAGACCUGAUUGUUACAUAUGCAUAUGCUUUCUCAUACUGUCCUGUUAUCUUUUUGAAAUGCUGAGAUAUUUUGCUUUUUUUUAAUAUACCUUUCCUCAACUCUCAAACUAAAGACACAUGCUUUAGUAUACGAAUAAUACAAACUUUGUACACACAUCUGUUUUUAUGGUUUAGAUUUUUUCUGUGGAAUUGAGCAAAUAAAAGGUUUGGCUAUA